AGAGCAUCGUGCUGGGGGGUGUGCGACAUGCUACGGGCAAUAUCUUCCUCCAAUUCUUGACUACAAUCUGCAUUCUUGUAUUGCUGUGACCUUCCUUCCCUUCCUUCCAUCCUUCCUUCCUUUCCUUCUGUGGUUUCCCCUCUUCUGGCAACCGCCUGAGGCCGCUCCUGCCGCGCCGCGUCACCUAGGUGCUGUCGUAUCUACGCUCAUCUAAAAAUUAUAAUCGCAGUCUCCACCGUCACUCUUUCACUGAGGACGUCUUCUAAUGUCGUGAUCGCCGUUCUCAUUUCGCUGUAUUCGUCGAAAUGCCUGUCCAGCGAUUGUGCUUCGGCCGCCCGCUACGGCUCCAAAUGCCACCGCGACGCUUCCAGCUCCUCUUUGCCCUCAGUACGUUCUUCAUUGUCACUCUUCGUCUGUUUGGUCCCUCCUCCUCUGAGAUACCCUACGUCGACGAAGUCACGGAGCACCUGUCAAAUUUCCCGCAGCCAUUCGGACCCUCCGCCCACAAACCACCAGUACAACCCAACAGUACUGUCUCAAGCGCCUACCGCGCCAUAGAGUGGCUCGCCGAUUUUAAAUGGCGAAAUCCUUUCUCCUCUUCCACUACCCUUGACGAGAAUCGCGCCGUGCUCCCGCCGCUUAAGGAACGGCCUCCUAUCUACACAUUCUAUGAUGCGCGUGGAAAGCAGGAGGAGGCUGUGUCAGAGGCCGAGCACAGGCUGAUCCUGGCAUGGAGAAGAGCGUGGUGGGCCCAGGGCUUCAAGCCGCAGGUGCUCUCUCGCGCAGAGGCUAUGAAGCACCCCCAAUACCAACUUGUACAACGGCUGAAGCUUGAGUCCAAGACCGAGCUCGAGCUGAUGAAGUGGCUGGCCUGGGGACACAUGGGAGGCGGUGUUCUCGCUAAUUGGCUUGCCCUGCCCAUGGCCGAGUACGACAACCCCAUGCUGAGCUUCCUGAGGAGGAACGAAUAUCCCGUGUUGUCCCGUGUCGAAUCAUUGCAGAGUGGUGUCUUCUUCGGUGAGGCUGCUGCUGUCAAUGCUGCUGUCAAGAAGGCCAUCGACAACCCUCUGUUUAAGAACUUAACCGCAAACAAGGACAAAAUUGCAGCAUUGGGGAAGAAGGAAGGUGGGGUGAUGGUCAGCCUCCUUCCGAAGAAUGACAUCGCGGUCGACUCAAAGGCCAAUGGCAUUGCCUACUAUUCCACCAGCACAAUUACCUCCACAUACGAGACCCUCGCUAAGAAGAUUACCGAUAAGACCCGAGUUGAGGGGCUUGAGAUGCUCGCAAGUCUCAUCAACUCCCACCUUCACCUCACCUUCCAAAACAUCUUCACCGAAGGUGUCUCCGUUCUGAAGCCUCUCCCAGAGCAUACCACAGCACUGAUGUAUGAAGCUAUCGACAUUGCGCGCAACCUCACCCAGUGCCCAACGUCUCCUGUUCCCAAAUCAUGCCCUCCAAACAAGCCAAAAUGCACGCCGUGCGAUCCAAACAAACCCAUGAAACUCGAACUCUCAACGUCGCACAAGAACAGCUCUGUGCUGUACACAAUCAGCACGGUCCCGCACCCAUAUACUCUCAAUCUUCUUCAUUACACCCGCGACACGCUGGAUAGCAACUUCAUCCGCCGGCAAGCGGCCCGCAACCAAUGGAUCCUUGCCACAACCAAGGAACUUCUUGGCGACAAACGUAGUGGGCAAGACCGAGUCGUACAUUUCAAAGAAGCCGUUGCUGCCCCACUCUCCGCCUCCAACUCCCUCUGGUUGACCGCCGAACGCGAAUCCCAAGUCGACCUGGACUGGAUCUUUGGAUUCAACCUCCCACAAACCGCAUCACCAAACAAUGAACCCAGUUCUCCAGAUAAAACAUCCGAAUUGAUCAUAUUUCCACGGCCAAAACCACCAGCUCCCUUGCAAAAUGUCGAAGUACCAGAGGAGAAGUGGAUCAAAAAAGAGGAAGAACGCUUGAAAAAGGCAAGGGAAGCCCUCAAAAGCAAGAACAGACGGAUGGUAGAUAUUGUCUUAAUGGUAGAACAGUGGAAUCUAGCUGAUACCGAGGCCUGGAAAUUUGCGCGUGCGUGGUCAGCGAGGAGAAGAGUCGAGCGCAGGAAGUGGGAGGACGAAGAGAAGAAGUAUGCCGGAGCCGAGAGCAAGGCCGGCGUCCAUUCCGGUGGCGGUGGAGGAGGAAGGUGGAGUGAUAAGAUAUAGGAAGUUUGCCGUUGGAUGGGUUUUGGAUGCAUGGGUGCUGGUGUUUGGACUUAUGGUUUGGGUUUUGGCGUUCAGGUAGUUAGAGGAAGGGACUCUGAUGUAUUUUCUAUCAGUGUGGAGUCAAGAUCGGUGUAAAUACCAAUAUAUUGAGCG